CCACCCAACCCAAAUUUGCAUCCGCACAAGGCAGCGCCACAACAGUAGUGCAACAUCUCCAAUAUGGAUGAUACAGACCUCAAUCCACGACGCCGGAAACGUAGAACCAGCAGCGGCAGCGAUAGCGACGGCAGCGACGGCGCCCCGCCGCGGCCGCAGCUGCAACGCGUGCACACGCCGACGUCCCUUCCUCCUUCCCAGCCUCUGCAAUGGUCAUCCCUCGGCAGCAGCACCUUUGCCAGCUUCGCUGAUGCCGUCCUCAACAGCGACCACAGCAACCUCAUUGACUUCACCCAGGCAUCAACCUGGAAGCCGCUGCAGCUGCUGACGGGGCUGUCGCUCCUCGCAACACACGCCCGACUGGUCAGCUCACUAGCCCACGCCCUAACCCAGCUCCGUCGCCACGGGUGGCACCUCGCCUGGAUCCUGAUUUUUGACGAGCCCUGGAUCCUGGCCUGCAUGUACGGCGCCUUCAUCGGCCAGCUGUCGCACGGCCGGCUGGCGCUGGAUCCGGAUUUCGUGUUCUUCCACGUGGAUCCUGGAUCCAGGGGCUGGGCCCCGCACCGCGACCGCCCCACCAUGCCCUUCCUGCCCGUGGCCCCCGGCCAGGGCGGAGCGGGGCAGCCGCGCGGCGCGCAGCAGGGCGACCCAGGACCGCCGGCGCAACCGCUCGCAGCACCGCUAGCGCACGGCACCAGCCCGACGGCCCCGCAGCCGCAGCCCGCGCCUCAGUGCGAGGCACAUCAGCACACGCCGCAGCCUGCGCCUUACCAGGGCGGCCCUCACCACCCGCCGCCACCGCAGCAGCCGGCGCCGCAGUCGCCGCAGCCGCAGCCGGCACCACCGCCGCAGCCGCAGCUGCAGCCGCAGAAGCAGCCGCCGCCAAUGCCGCAGCCGCAGCCGCUGCUACUGCCCGCGUACGUGACGUGCUGGGUGGCGCUGACGGCCGCCACCCCCGACAACGGCUGCGUGUACUGCCUGCCCGCAGACCUGGAUCCAGCGUACGGCGGCGGCGGCAACAGCAGUAGCGACGACAGCUUGCCGGACCUGCAGGCUGUGCGGGCGCUGCCGGCCGCCGCCGGCGAGGCACUGCUGUGGAGCGGGCGCCUGCUGCACUGGGGCGGCGUGGCGGCCGCAUGCCCGGAGGCCCCGGACUGCAAGGAGGCAGCUGCAGCUGCAGCUGCAGAGGGCGCUAACGCGGAGGCGGCUACGAUGGCGGCUGAGGAGGAAGAGGAAACGGAGGAGAAACGCGGUGGUGGUUUCACAGCAGCCGACGGCGGCGGUGACGGGGUCCAUGGCGGCUGGGGCCCUACUGCUGCUGACGGGUGUGGCUGUGGCGGCUGCAUUCCGCGUGUGGCCAUGUCGUUUGCGGCGUGUGCGCCCGAGUUCGAGGACCCAGCACUGCGCGGUGUGGACCUGUCACAGCUGGGGGCGGAGGUGACACGCGCGGCGGCGGUGGCGGCGGCGGCGGCAGGGUCGGCGGAGUUGACGGUGGCAGCGGCGGGUGCGGCUGCGGGUGCGGCAGCGGAGAGGACGGUGGCGGAGGAGUCGCCAGUCUGGCCGCCCCGGCGCCCCGCAGGGCACAGCAGUAGGGAGGCGGGGGCGGAGUCGCCUGUUGGCGGAGCUGGUGCAGCGGGCGCUCUGCCAGUGCCCGCGCCGCUAGAAGACCAGGAGCAGGAGCAGGAGCAGGAGCAGGAGCAGGAGCAGGAGCAGGAGCAGGAGCAGGGGCAGCAGGGGCAGCAGGGGCAGCAGGGGCAGGGCACGGCGCAGCCGCAGCAGCUGUCCCUGCCGACUCUGCGCCAGCGGCUGUGUGUGCUGGCGGUGCAGCUGCAUGUGCACCAGCAUACGGAGCCGCUGCCGCCCCAGCUGGCGGCGGUGCUGGAGGCGGUGGAGGCGGCGCUGGCAGGCGGGUAGCGGGGCAGGCAGUCGGGGGGUGAGGACGGGGUGCGAUGACGGGGUGCGACGUCAUUUCAUGACGUCAGUGACUUGUGGUUGGAGGGAAUAGUGUGUAAGCUGGCGAACUGGCGAUGGUGGGAAAGCUUCGGAGCCGCGCAGGGGCUUGUGGGCUGUGUGAGCUAUCAGCUAUUGGGCGUGUAAUUAAGCAGGUGU